CCCUCCCUCUCACUCUAGUUCGCCUUUUCUUGUAUGGCCAACGGCCUCUUUUAAUUCAUUACCUUUUCUCGACGCCACUUUGCCCGCCUGCUCACGGCUGCACCGAGCGGUUGCGCAAGCCCCGUGGUACUGCUUAGACAUUUACCACCAAACCCGCCUUGAAGCCACGAAUCCCUUCUUCCUAUCCUGAACGGCUCUGCGACGACAUCUUUAAUCGCCUAGAGAUCGAUCAGCCACCACCACCGCAAUGGCGUCAACGGCCCACACAACGGGUAUUGAUGCACACGCAGAUGAGCUGCGCCGGAGAAAUGUAGCAACGCGCAACGAUGCCACGGCCCCAGCAGGAGCGCGGGCACCCGAGAAGGAAAAGUCCAAAGACAAGCCCUUCAGUGUCCUCUCCUUGAUUGACGAAUACGAGUUCAUCUGGGCGCCUCUGAUCUUCACCUUCUUCGCCUUCUUUACCCGCAUGUACAAGAUUGGCCUCUCACCCAUUGUGACGUGGGAUGAAGCCCAUUUUGGCAAGUUCGGUUCACACUACCUCAAGCGCGAGUUCUAUUUCGAUGUCCACCCCCCGCUCGGCAAAAUGCUCGUCGGUCUCUCUGGAUACCUCGCCGGAUACAAUGGGUCGUUUGAGUUCAAGUCGGGAGAGACGUACCCCCCAGAGCUCAACUACACGUUUAUGCGCCUCUUCAACUCGGCUUUUGGCGCUGUCUGCGUUCCCCUGGCAUACUUUACCGCAAAGGAACUAAACUUCCGCCGCCCGACCGUAUGGUUCGUCACGCUGGCUGUCCUUUGCGAGAACUCGUACACCACGAUUAGCCGCUUCAUUCUUCUCGACUCCAUGCUGCUCUGCUUCACCUUCACAACCGUCUUCUGCUGGUCCAAAUUCCACCGCCAACGCCACGACCCUUUCUCUCCCGAAUGGGGUUUGUGGUUGAUGCUGACUGGUGUCUCCAUCGGAUGCGUUUGCAGCGUCAAGUGGGUUGGUUUCUUUGUCACAGCCCUGGUUGGACUGUACACGGCUGAGGAUCUCUGGAAUAAGUUUGGUGACCUGAAGAUGCCCAAGGCCGAGCUCGCCAUGCACCUUGCUUUCCGAGUUUUCAGUCUUAUUCUCAUUCCGCUCGCUGUUUACAUGUUCUCUUUCUACCUGCACUUUCUCAUCCUUGAGAAUAGCGGACCCGGUGACGCCCAGAUGAGCUCUCUAUUCCAGGCCAACUUGAGGGGAACCCAGGUCGGCAAGGACAGCCCCUUGGAGGUUGCGUACGGCUCUCGUGCAACAUUGAAGAACAUGGGAUACGGAGGUGGGCUGCUCCACUCCCAUGUUCAGACCUACCCCGAGGGCUCUGCACAGCAACAGGUCACUUGCUACCACCACAAGGACUCCAACAACGACUGGUUCUUCUAUCCCAACCGCCACGAAGCUCCCUACCAGCCAGAUGAGGAGCUUCGAUUCCCCGGCAACGGCGACGUCAUUCGUCUGUUACACGCCCAGACAGGUCGUAACCUUCACUCUCACCAGGUCGCAGCUCCUGUGACCAAGAGUGACUGGGAAGUUUCUUGCUACGGUAAUGUGACUGUGGGAGACACCAAGGAUCAUUGGGUUAUUGAAGUUGUUCGUGAUGCCGCUUCGAGGGACUAUUCGAGGAUCCGCACGCUCACGACGGCUUUCCGUCUCAGGCACAAAGAUUUGGGAUGUUAUCUGCGGGCUGGCAACGUCAAUUUGCCUCAGUGGGGUUUCAAGCAAAUCGAGACGACUUGCGUCAAGGCGAACAACCCCAGCGACGUAUACACACACUGGAACAUUGAGAGUCACACCAACGAGAGGCUGCCGCCCGGCAAUCCUGGCGACUACAAGUCACCUUUUCUCCAGGACUUUAUCCAUCUCAACGUUGCCAUGAUGACGUCUAACAACGCGCUCGUUCCCGACCCUGACAAGCAAGACGAUCUCGCCUCUAGCUUCUGGCAAUGGCCCAUUCUCCAUGUGGGUCUCCGCAUGUGCGGCUGGAAUGAUGACAUUGUCAAAUACUUCUUGCUUGGCAACCCCUUGGUCUACUGGGGCAGUACAGCAUCUCUAGGCAUCUUUGGACUCAUUGUGCUAUUCUAUCUGGUGCGCUGGCAACGUGGAUAUGACGACCUCAAGCAGUCUGAGAUUGACCAGAUCCACUAUGCCGGUCUGUACCCGGUUAUUGGAUGGUUCUUGCACUACGUGCCUUUUGUCGCCAUGGGCCGUGUGACGUAUGUGCACCACUACUACCCUGCGCUGUGGUUUGCCAUUCUCGUUAUGGGCUUCUGCCUGGACUUCGUGACGAGGAAGCUGAACAAGCAGAUUCAGUGGGGCAUCUUUGGAGUGCUGUACCUGGCUGUGAUUGUUCUGUACUGGCUAUUCCGCGCCAUUUCGUUUGGAAUGGUUGGACCCAGCAGCCAAUGGAAGCACCUCAAGUGGCUCGAGAGCUGGAGGAUCACCGACUAAACGUCGGUUUAAGUUUGGCCUCUUUUUUCUCCUUGGCCAGAACGGAUAUAGGGCAGGACAGAACUCGUGGAUGGAUAGGUGGAUGGGUGAUGAGGGAGCAACGGUUAAGCAACCUGUACAACAACAACCACACUACUACAACGUGUUUUCUUUUGUGAGCAACUGGACCUGGGGGUUUCCUCUUUGUUCUGUUUCUUUGGUUCUCUUUCGUAUCAUCUUAUUAGCUGGUGUCUUGUUCCUGCAAUUGUGGUUACUGGCAAAAAUAGCCAGAGAAACACAACGGGGGAGCUAGAUAUCUACACCGGACCGACGCAUGACAUGGAGGGGUGGUGUUUGGGGACAGCUAGCAUCAAAAGGGUGCUUUAUGUAGGGAUGGGUAGGGCCAUGUAGAGGCAUUAAUAUCUGUCUUUCUUUCUGGUUCGUUUGAUAGAGGUACUAGACAUAC